UCAGCAGCUGCGCACUGCUCCACGCUCCGUCCGCACCGACAGCCCGGCCGCGCGCGAUCUGCCGACUUCCCCGCCCGACCCGAACGAGAGCACGCGGGAAACACCUCGCCUCGAGAGUCUCGAGUGGGCCGAGGAUCCCGAUGCGGCGGCGUGCUCGCGCGUGCUCGGGCAGCGCAGCGGCGUGGCGGUGACGUGACCAGGUGACAGCGCGACGACAUCGCGAUGCCGGUCGGCCCGGCGCGGCCCCCUCCGCAGUCCUGGCAGUCCGCGAAGCGCCGUGCGCCGGCGAGGAUGUGACGGUCGCUUGGCCUAGGACUACGCCGAGGACCCCGUCAAGACACCGCACCGACUGUGAACAGUGGCUUCUGCAGGGGCGGUGCGGAGUGACAGUGUGAUGUGCGACAAACAGGCGGACGGACAGUGAUACGAGCAGUGAGUAGAACAGUACAGUAAAUCGAUCUGUGCCCUACCCCCCCAUCAUGCCCUCGGAAGACACCUGCUGCGCCUGCCCCUGUGGGCCCUGCGUGACUUGCGCGCCUCUGCGGGACUCGAAGCCGCCGAAACAGCGAGGCCGACACGAGAUGACGACGGAGCAGCGGACCCCCUGCGGCCUGGCGGACACGGCCAAGGGCAGCAAAGGCGCGGCCGGGGCCGGGGGUUGCCGGGGCGUGGGCGUUGGCCGCGCCGAGGCGUUCGCCCGCAGCCUGCACCACAAGCUCCGCAGCCUUGGAGGCGCGUCCGCGUCCUCCACGUCCACCACCAGCAUCUCCAGCGCCUCCAGCAAUGGCGCGGCCGGGCACGACUCCGAUGACAUGGAGGACUCGUGGUCCAGCGCCCCCAGCGGGCCCAGCAGCCUCACCGCCCUGCGCACCCUCAGCACGUCCUCGGUGGACAGCGCCUCGGACAUGUUCUACGACCUGGAGCUGGUGCCGCAGUCCCCCGAGGAAGAGGUGACCUCGCAGGAGCUGGCCCUCAUGAUGGCCGGUAGUGCGAACCGCGAUGACCUCCACAGCAACGGCAACGGGCCGCAGUCCCCGCAGAGUGACUGCAGCUCGGACUACUUCGACACGGACUGCUACGAGGAGGAGCGCCGUGCGGCCCCUGCCGUAACGCAGGUGUCGCCGCUCGACGGGGACGCGGCCCUGUCCAACGGGGUGGCGCCGCCUCUCGUCAACGGCCACGGCCUCGCUAAUGGCUCUACCAACGGCGUCGCCAACGGCCUAGCCAGCGGCCCAGCCAGCGGCCCGGCCAGCGAACUAGCCAGCGGCGCAACCAACGGCUCCGUCAACGGCGUAGCCAAUGGUCCUGCCAAGCCCAAGCGGCCGUGGAACCGCGUCCCCCACCGCUUCAAGGCGGGCACGCCCGAGGCCAUGUGCGAGGUGAGUCAGCUCGUCCUGGACGAUCCUGACGAUGACGACGAGGAGACGAAACCUUGCAGUAGGAAGACCGGCCUGGCAAAGCUCAGCUUCCCCAAGAGCUCGCAGACACUUCUGCAGGAAGGGCUCAUCGAGCAGCUGAAGCAGGGCCACGACAUCCCCGUGGAGCUCAAGAACGGCCUGUGCCCUGGUGACGCGGAAGACAGCUGUGGCGCCCCCGUGGCCGGCAGCAGGGGCCUGACCGCCAUGAAGGAGAAGGCGCGCGCCCUGGACGCGCUCGCCACUCCGGAGGAUACCCUUCGCCUGGACGCUCUGUGCCAGGACGCCGCGGACGCCGCGGACGCCGCGGACGCCGUCAUCAAAGACGUCGUGGACAAGGACGCAGUGCAGAGGAAGGAGGCUGAGCUCGCCGCCAACGCCAGUGCCGCCAACAAGUGCAGGGCGUGCGGGCGGCAGCGAGUGCUGGACGAGUGCCCGGACUGCGCGGCGGACGACCGCGGCGACCUCUCGGACGGCGACAAGGCCGAUCACGACGACGGCUCGCGCCCGCGCGUCCGGCGGUGCUCGUCCCUCAAGACGGGGAAGACGCCGCCGGGAACCCCCGGCCGCAAGAAGAUCGUCCGUUUCGCCGACGUGCUGGGCCUGGACCUGGCGGACGUCCGGACGUUCCUGGACGAGAUCCCUAAAGUGCCGACGUCAGCGUACAGUGACCUUCAGGACGUGGACCAGAGCGACGCGGUCGCCGCGGACGGCUGCCUGCCCAGCGGCCUGCCCAGCGGCUUGCCCCAGCUCGCGCUCGCCUUCAACGCGGUGCCCAGCACGGACCUGCCGCCCUUCGGCGCGCGGCCCGUGACGCGCGUCCUGGUGCCGCUGUUCCAGCAGCCCGGCGGCCUGGCCGACUUCCUGGACCGCGUGCGCGACAGACAGGUGUGCAUGGAGAACGCGGUGGUGGCCGACGUGGCGCUGCUGUCCAUCGCGGGCCAGGUGCGCGUCCGCAACCUGGACUUCCACAAGACGGUGCACCUGCGCUACACGACGGACGGCUGGCGCAGCUUCGCCGACCUGCAGGCCUCGUACGUCCCCAACUCGUGCGACGGCUUCUCCGACAAGUUCACCUUCACGCUGUUCGCGGGCCACACCAUGUCGGUGGGCCAGCGCCUCGAGAUCGCGGUGCGCUUCCAGUGCAAGGGCCAGCAGUACUGGGACAACAACGCGGGUGCCAACUACUGCUUCCAGUGCCUGCCGCCCUCGGGCGCGGCGCCCCUCAUGCCGCUGCCCAGCCUGCAUGCCCUCGGCAGUCCCUCGGACGACGGCUGGAAGUACCUCUUCUAGCUGACUGUGGUGUGGCCCCGGGCCAUCAGACCUUUUCGGUUGUGCCUAGUGUACAGUACAAAUCUUAUCGAAUCCUACAGAGAUUUCCUGCACCCAGGGUGAGAAGGACUCGAUGUUUCGUGAAGGACGUUUGCGUGUCUGUAUGUAUGUGUGUGUGCGCGCAUGUGUGUGAAGGAGGUGUGUGCGUGAGUCAAGUAGUGAAAGAGAUAGAUCUAACUUAUUUUAUCGAAUGAUAUUUGAAAGACUCGAAUGAAUCAGUUGAGAGCGAUAGUUUUUUAGAACGCACCUCCUUUUCCCCUCCCCCCAUAGUUGUGUGCCAUUUUACUUGGUGGCUUUCCUAGCUGUCGUCGACGUUCCAUUUCGAGGACUCCUUGUUGAGGAAUAGAACCGCCCCGGCGUGUAGGAACGAAGUGUUGUACGAGUCGCAUCGGCUGCCCGACAGCCGCCACGCGUAAUGUGGCGGCUGUUUGACACAACGGGCAUCGGUGCCGAGGCGCUGCGUUGGCAAGUGAGAAACAAAGAUACGACUCUGCUCAGUUAUGCAAUAUAUUUUUUAAAAUUGGUUUGAAAGAAGUUGCCAGAUAGCGAUAUUUUACUGACAGUUUCGUUUUCAUUAAAUAACAUAUAUCAAUAGUUCCUUCAUUUAUCGUGAGUUGUACUCGGGAUUACUAUAUCUUGGUAUUUUAGACAGUAACUAAGACUGGUGCAUUGUGAUAUAUUUAUGCUAAGGUCGUCGAUGGUUUGGAAAUACGUAGCCUUUUUUUUUAUUGUUUUAUUGUGUGCACUGUAAAUUUAGGAAUGUGACGUCACGUUCGUUAGAUCGUAAAUCGCUCCACGUUCGUUCGAAUAUUAUUUCACAUUUAUCAAUUAUGGCAUGCCCGGGGCCCACCUGAUUCACCAGAAUGCUAGUGCGAAAUAGUUUAGAACGAUUCACGUUCAAAAACGUGACGCCACAUUCCUGGAUUACAGUGCAGGUGCUGGGACUAGCUCGCCUUGCGGCGAUUAGUCCUUUGCAUCCGUCGUGAAUCAAUGUUUUUUUCAAAGCCAGGUAAAAAUGAGAAAUUUCGAGCCACCCUAUUGUUUUUUAUUGUCUGCCCCAUUCGGUACAUUUAAUCGAAUAGAGGGUAGCAUUCGUUCGACACGGUGUGGCCGGACGGUCUAGGCAGAGGAGGUCUAGUCUCAGUUGACCGCCGCGCUGAGACACUGCUUCAAAUGAAUGUACGCGGUACAUUCCGUUGACAAGCCAAAGGAUCAGAGUCCCGGAGAAUGUUUCCGGGGCUUCGCCUCUGUGCCUUGGGUGCUGAGGCUGCUUUAGGAGAGAGUUUGAGUCUGAGAUCGGGAGGCGCCAAUCCCUGCCAGGGCCGAAUCCCUCCUCAUACACUUCGAACAUCCAAUGCGCAACACCUGGUUUUGUAGAUAUACACGACUGCCCCUUUUUGUACAGUAGCUUGCUGUCGAUGCUAGUCAAUCUAAAGGCUGCCUGAGGCUGGCGGGACAGCGGAAUCCCCGAUGCCGGCCGAACAUAGUGCUGCAGCAUGGCUGCAGGCGCGACGGGCCUGCGUCUGCGUCGUAUUGUGAAACCGAUUCAUUAUUCCGUCGCUAAGUUUAAGAUGUAGUGUGUGACUUAUCAAUGCCUUGAAAUCAAUCUUUGUUGACUGUGCCACAGAUUUUCUUUCCAGUGGGAAAAUCCAUUUUUUGUCGUGUAUUGUUACCAUAACUUAUUUGAGGCCUUUUGUGGAAUUUGUCGUGCGAUUACUUCAGUGCCAAACAUGCCUUCGUGACGUGUUAUGAUAUUAACUGUACAUAUUUAUUGCUCUUGUAUUCAUAUAGCUUUAAAUGUUUUUAAAUGUCAUUGUUGUUAUUAUUGUUUAUGUUAUAAAUUUUAUAAACAUUCUAUCUUUUACUACUUAUCUGUGGUUUAUUUUCUUGUGAAUUCAAUAUUGUCGCGUCAAUUUGGGAUUGAAAUAGAAGAAAGACUGGGAUUUGAAAGACACACGCGAGAGGACGAGUCGACGUCACAAAGUAAAUGUUAAAUUUAUUUAAGGGAGUGCAAUAAAUUUUAUAGAUCAUUA